AUGCUGGAUACAGCUCCACUCGAUGCAGACAACGGUGGUGCAGCAACGAGUGGUUUUACUUAUGCCGCUCAGUACGGUGUUCGGCGAGCAUCAAAUCGUGCGGAUGUAUAUCGAACACAGUUUGGUUCAAUGUCAGCAGAAGAUUAUCUGACUCCGAUGAUACCGGGAAAUCAACGAACGGAUGGAAAUGUGGCUCGGCGUCUUUCUCGAUAUUCAUUUAUCAUUCCACCUCGUUUAUUUGUACAUCCAGUCACGGAUGAUCAAUACUCGCCUCCGACAAGUCGCAGUCAGUCGUAUGGACGUGAUCUUAAAGACAAAGCUGAACAAUCAGGUUAUUUCUUUAGCAUACUUAUUGUUCUCAGUUAUGCUCUUGUCGUCAUUACAUUUCCAUUGUCAUUAUGUUUCUGUCUGAAAGUUGUGCAAGAAUACGAACGGGCAGUUAUAUUCCGACUCGGCCGAAUCCUCGCCGAUGGAGCACGUGGGCCCGGUCUCUUCUUCAUUCUACCAUGUAUCGAUACAUACAGCAAAGUCGAUCUUCGAACAGUAACGUUUGAUGUGCCACCGCAAGAAAUUCUAACACGGGAUAGUGUAACCGUAGCCGUCGAUGCUGUCGUUUAUUUUCGAAUAUUCAAUGCAGUCAUUUCAAUAACGAAUGUCGAAGAUGCGGCCAAGUCAACGAAACUCCUCGCGGCAACUACACUUCGAAAUGUUUUAGGUACAAAAACACUUCAUGAAAUUCUGGCUGAACGUGAUAAGAUCGAUACUGUUAUCCAGACUGCCCUCGACGAAGCAACAGAUCCCUGGGGUGUUAAAGUCGAACGGGUUGAAGUUAAAGAUGUACGUCUUCCAGUGGCAUUACAAAAGGCAAUGGCAGCCGAAGCGGAAGCAUCUCGAGAUGCUCGUGCAAAGAUUAUUGCUGCUGAAGGUGAAAUGAAAGCUAGUCGCGGUUUGAAAGAAGCAGCUGAUAUCAUAAAUGAGUCACCUAUUGCUAUGCAACUACGAUAUUUACAAACACUAACACAAAUUGCUGCCGAACGCAAUUCAACAAUUGUUUUUCCUGUUCCUGUUGAACUUUUACAGGCUGUACCAUUGUAUAAACGAUAA